CCCCCCCCUUCCCUCUGGGUUUUUCUCUCCAAACCCCCAUUUCCUCUGGAUACUUGGGGGGGGGGGGGAGACUGUAUUUGAACGCUAAACACACUUCUCCGGUCACAGUGUGUGGGUCAACACCUCCGUCAACACCUUCCACUCCACACACUCCCAGCAGGUAAUAAAGACUGCCAGCCACCAUGAGACUACCAGCCUGUGUGCUGCUGGUGACCCUCCUGGUGGGCCUAGGACGCCCCAUGUCGGUCAAGCGACCGCUGUUCAACCCGGGACUCACCCAGUUGGAAGACCUGCACGACGAGGGACCAAGAGAGACGCAGGGGACCACUGUGAAGGACGACGACACGAGUAUCUCGAAAACCUACAUCGAAGACGACGACUAUUACCCCGAGGACGGCGAGUACUACGACGACGGCGAGUACUACGAGAACGACGAGUACCCCGAGGAAGGCGUGUUUACAGAGGAGAGCACGUCCCCCGAGGAGCCCGACGAGGCCCGACUGUGGCUCUCGGACGAUGAUCCAGACUGGACGCCAGAGGGCUCGGGCAACACCCAAACAAGUUACGACGAGACUCUGCUGCAGAUCGCCCAACUAAUGCACAGCGGCGCUAAAAUCCUUCUGGACGAAGACGCUCCAGCCAGGGACAAGACCGUGGAGCAGCUUCUGGCCACAAUCAAGAGUCGAAACCUUGGGGAGGCGGAGGCUCGUAAUAUCCGGGACCAGCUGCUUAUCCUGGCUGGCGAGAAUAACCUGGACCUGAAUGACAUCAGCGAAGAGAAGGAAGAUUUUAGUUCCUUAGAGACGUCCUACGGAGCCCAAAGCCUUGGCAAGGUCUCAAGUACUAAAAUAAGGCGACAUGUACACCAGACCCAGAACGAAGGUCUGAGGCAAAUUAGCGAGCCCCAAUCUGAACAAAGUAGUCAACUCCAACAGGUAAAAGGUGGUCAGGUACUCCAAAUUGGGCAAAAUGGCGACGCGACUCUGCUGAACGACGACUCCGGAUAUGGUUCCCCGGGGCAUUUACACGUUCUCAGAGGGCAGCAGGUGGACACGUCGGAGCUGUCGCAGGGGGUGGAGCAGCUGGUGCCUGAGGGAGGCCAACACCGCGCCGAGGUGGGCGUGGGUGUAGAGCCUGAGGAAGACACUGGAGCAGAGGACAGCGACCGCCCAUCCCUACUGGGGUGGCUACAGAAAGGCUGGAGACAUGUAACAGGUGCUGUGGACAACCUUGGGGACCAGGCCGAGGACACCCUCUCCGAGUGGGGAGACAAGAUCACAGGUGCCGCUGGCACCGUACAUGUUGCAGCAGCCCAAGCCGUCGACAAAGUUCAGGAAACUGCAAAAUCGGCGCGUGAGCUCCUGCAGGAUGCCUGGGGUGUGGUGCGGGCAAGGGCGCUCACAACCCUCCAGCAGACCGGAGAGAAGAUUGCCACAGCGUUCCAGAAGGCGAGAGAGGCGCUGCCGCACCUGCAGGCGGGCAUCCUCGCUGCCUUCGCCAAGUUCGGCACCCUGGUCCAGGAAGGUGCCCACUACUGCCUCCAGCGUCUCACCACUGCCUACGACCAGGUGCGAGGCUCAGAGAUCCUGGAUAAAUUAGAGCAGAAGAUGACGGAGGGCAACGAACAAGUGGCUACGUUCUUCCGGACGCUCGGCCAGAAGGUGUCGACGUGGCAGCAGGAGCACACUGUGGAGAACGUGGACGAGGGCCUGGUGGUCCACCACCACCACCAGCAGGAGGGACAAGACAACGACGAGGCAGAGGUCGCUCACAUUGAAGAAGGCAUCCCAGACUUUUUCCAGGAUGACGUUAUCAAGCAACAAUUGCUGAAGCUUGUGGAUGUGGGCGUGCUGACCCAGAGCGACCUUGAGGUGUUCUAUCAGGAGGAACAGAAGGCCAAAGAGGAGGAGCAGAAGGCCAAAGAGGAGGAACAGAAGACCAAAGAGCAGCAGCUGCGGGACGCUCAAGAGGAAGAGGAGGUCGGCAAGCCAUAGUGAGGCAGAGAAGAAAACCCACACCCUGAGACAAUCUUACUUCACUAAAUGCUUAAGACUGUAUCUUAUUCCUACUAUUCCAUAAUCUCUCACACUCCUGUGUUUAUUCUAUUACAUUCUUUAAUACAGUACUUCAAAUCUUUAAAAUCUCCCUUACAAAGCUUGGGGACCGAGGUAGGGUAAAUUUAGCAAGAUUCAGCGAGAUCUUUGUAUAACAAUUUAAUGUAAGAAUGCAAAAAAGAAUAAUAAUC